AUGACACUUGAACUGAAUUUCAAGAAACUAUUUAAUACAAAUUAUCCCACAACUUCGGUUUCAAAAACAACUGUUACUACAACACAUUCCAAGUUGAAACAAAGUAGCAGCUUAUCUGCACAUUAUUCGUCACCAAACUUGACCUGUUUUGCUGAAGGAGAAGCAAAAGCAAAAGAAGCAAAGGAAGAAGAAGAAGGGUGGCAGAAGGAGAAAGGAAUAGUAGUAUCAAAUGCCAAUACAAACCAUUCUAUAAUGAACGUCUCAACAUCACCAAAAACAAUAGCUACGGCUACAGCUACAGCUACAGCUACGGCUACAAAAGCGAAAACCAUUUCCAAAGAUGAAACUCUAAAAAGAGACACCUGCCUAUCAACAUCAUUCACGUUUGAUACCUCGUUAAACCAUUUGUAUCCUGAACUACCCUCCAAUUUUAAACUACUUGGUGUUCUCGGAGAAGGUGCAUUUUCAACUGUUUACAAGGCUAUUGAUUCAAACAACAACACACCUGUUGCGAUCAAAAUCAUUAGCAAAGCACAUUUGUCCCCCAAGCAGUUUCUCAAUAUAAGGAAUGAAAUCAAAAUCAUGAAAAGAGUCCAUCAUCCUAAUAUAUUACAACUACUUGACUCCUUUGACACUGAGAAUUAUUGUUUUCUCAUAUUAGAGUACUGUAAUGGUGGAGAAAUAUUCAAUAAAAUCAUUGAAUAUACAUAUUUCUCGGAACAGUUAUCACGUCAUGUGUUUCAGCAAUUGCUAUCGGCUAUCGAAAACUUGCACAGAUUAAAUAUUGUCCAUCGUGAUAUCAAACCGGAAAACUUGCUAUUCAAGAGAAUACCUUACUAUCCCAGAUCUACUGAAGAAUAUCGGAAGCAUUUGCGUAAAUCCGAUGACGAUUCAAAGGUAGAUGAAGGAGAAUUUAAACCACAUAUAGGAGGGGGUACAAUUGGAAUGAUUAAAUUGGCCGAUUUUGGUCUUGCCAAGCAAUUGGUUGAUGACUAUGAUCAGUCCAAUGUUGCACUAAAAACACCAUGUGGUACAGCAGGUUAUACUGCUCCAGAAGUCAUUACAUGUAAUUCCAAAAAUUGUUACCUGAGCUUUAACUGCUUGAAAAAAUCCAAGAAUCAUUAUUCAAGAGCGGUAGAUAUUUGGUCUUUGGGUUGUUUCCUAUAUACUAUAAUGUGUGGAUUCCCACCGUUUUACGAUGAUGAAACAAAUGAUGUGACAAUGAAGAUCAUAAAUGGUGAUUUUGUCUUUUUACAACCUUGGUGGGAUGAGAUCAGUGAUGAUGCCAAGGAUCUAAUUUCCAAAAUGUUGAAUGUUGAUCCUGAAAAGAGAAUUACAAUUGAAGAGAUUUGGCAACAUCCUUGGGUUAAGGGAGGUGAAGAUUGUAGCAACAACAACAACAGCAGCAGCAGCAUCAAAAAUAACAACGGCGGAAUACAUGUAAAUUCUGUUUCAGAAUCGAGCAAUUAUUUUCAACAAGCUUACGAAGUUUGUAACAUUGAAGAUAUUAACGAUACAGUAGAAGGAUUAGCUGUCACUUCUGUGUAUAAACAACCAGCAGUGUUAUCACCUCGUGCUAGAGCUAUCAAAACCGUGUUUGAUAACCCAGCUAGGUUAGGUAGUAGAAAAUUCGAUGAGACUUCGUCCCAAUUUAUUGAAAGUAUAAAUGAAGAAGAAGACGAUGAUGAAGAAGAUGAAGAUGAAGAUGAAGAAGAAGAAGAAGAAGAAGAAGAAGAUGAUGAUGAUGACGGAGUGGUGCAGCAGAGUAAAAUGCAAAUUGGUAAUGGCUCUGCUCAUUCUCAGCAUGGUGAAUAUGUUCGUACUCCAUAUCUUACUCAACUCAAUUUCAAGAACGUGUUCAAUAUAGAUAGAUCACAGAUUGACAUUGAUGCAAAUAAAGAGGAAGAGGAAGAUGAAGAUGAUUUUGCUGAGGAAAUCUCUGAGUUGGACGAUGAAAUUGCUAGCUUACAAUUAACCCCUCGAAUGAUUACAAAAUGCAAAAGUAUCACUUCUAGUAACACUAAUACUAAUACCACCACCACUACUACUACCAGUGCACUGCUUGCAGCAUCCAAGAUUUUCCAAGAUGAAAUAGCAGCUGAAGCUGGGGAGGAUGAUUACUCAACGACCAAUUCAAAUCUGGAUAAUGAAAUUACUGAAUAUCAAACUAGAUCGUCAUCAAUUAUCUCAGGAAUAAAUGGAGAUUACAAAUUUACCAUGAAUAUGAAUGAUUCUAAUUUAUUAGCUAGACGGAAAUCAUCAGUAAAAAGAAAUGGUGGAUCGAUUGGUUGUAAUUCAAAUAUAAGCAUACAUACGGUUGAAGAAGCCGAAGGAUUAGAAAAGAAGUAA